GAUAGCUUUGAAUUGUUUUUACCCUUUUACCAGGAGAAGCUGGCAGCACAUGUAAAAGCGGAUUUGGAAAGUCUGAUGAGAUCGUAUGAGGGCCCAGAGGAGCUGGUAGAAAAGCUGAAGUCCCUCACAACAGACUCACUCACUCCUGAAGAACCGUGUUCCAGAGACUCUCCAGGGCCCUUGAGGAGCUCAGACAUCGGCCCGGUGGAGGCUAGCAUUGAAGACCUCAUCUUCAGGACCCCCGAAGAGUCUCUGCUGGAGGUGGACGCCGCGCCUCCCAAUCUGGAGCUCAAACUGGCACAAGAGUACAACUACCACAAAUAUGGCAGUCGUAUAGUGGAUCAGCCGGAUGCCAGCGUUUAUAACCCGCUCCCGCAGCAGCCGGCUAGCAGCAGGUGGGCCGGAGAGGCUUCUUCUGUGAAGUCUUGGACUAAACCCGCCGCUUACCCAAACCCAGACGAGGAGCUCCAUCUGAGGCCUGCUGGCUCAUUUGAGGGAUUGCACAGGCCAGAGUUGGCGAGUCAUCUCUCAGUGCCGUAUUCUGACUACGACAGACUCCAGCAUCCUCACCAUCCGCCGUACAAUCGCAUCAAGUCCUGUCCAGAUAGUGCAUCUCAUGCAGCGGAGUCUUUCAUGCUGGAUUCACAGCCUGGCCUGCGUUUAUCACCUGUCGUAUGUCCUCCAUCUGACUCGG